AGUUAACCAACGAUUUACCACUGAUUUAUGGAUGGCUCCACGACUUGGGUGUCGCUCCUGUCCCCAGUUAAAAUAGCCAACUGGCGUGAACAAUGGCUUCGGUUGGAGCAUGCAUAUUCAUUUGAUGAAUCAGUUAUUGCAAAGGACAAUGAGACGGAAGAAUUAGCGCAUCAAUACACAGAAGAAGAGAACACGAGUGAGAAGUUAGGUUACUGCCGCGUCUCUUCGGUGCAGUCCAUAAUAAGAAGCUAUGGCACUAGACUGUACAUCGCUGACAAAACUAACCCUUGUUUUAUGUGUGGCGGCAGCCCGUGGCUUUCCCCCAGUGAGCGGCUGCAGCGAUGCCUACGGGAGGGCCAUUCCACCACUUAGCAGCUGCAGCGGUGCCUACGGGAGGGCCAUCUCUGACUUCUGUGUGACCAAGUUCACUCUGGACAUGAAGGCCCUGGACCAGAGCCUGUGGUGCAGCUGGUCCGACACUUUUCAGCCUUACGAGGAACUGACCAACUGCACCUAUUUUGUGGCACUCAAGAUGCACUGCUUCUGGCCCAACCAGCAGAUAGACGAACUCUUCAUACGCCUUCACCGGGACUACUUUCACGACUGCGCUCUGACCGGCAGGCUGCUUCGGGACCCUCCUAUACGUAUCUUGGGGCCUUUCAUUGGAGUGCCUGUGCUGGUCACUCUGCUCAUGACUGCCCUAGUGGUGUGGAGCGGUAAAUGCUGCCAGGGAAUCGUGUAACUGUCUCAUCCUGGGUGAAGGUGCCCCUGGGUACGGAAUACAGAUCUAGGAUCAGUUUGCCCUGCCAAAAUUCUAAACUGAAUCAUUAGCGGUGGAAACGCAAAACUGACUUCUAGGGAUCAACCUGACCUCUUGGAGAACGAACUCCAGCUUAUCUGAUAGGGGAGACAUGAUGGAGGGGACACUGAACUGGGGCAAACGACAAGCAGAGAUACCCAACAGCAUACUAAGACUGUAAUCUUUCUGUGAUGUUUGUUGUUUGAUGGACACUGGUGGUAUGAGUGAAGGACCACUCAGAAGCCUACUACUGAAACAAAGCAAAGGCUAUUUAAGAUUGUGCUGUGGCUCAUCAAUAACCCUAGAAAUUCCAAUUGAAAACAUGCAUUGUAUUGUUGUAAACCACAAAGUGGCCAACCAAGAGAGGGCUAAUGUUGUGUAGGGCACGGAGGACAGAUAGUAAAUACCUCGUAUGUCAAAAUCAAUGCAACAACAUCUGUAAUGUAGCUUUGGGCACCAGCCAAGUCUUUAUAUGAACUGAAUAGAUGUAUAUAAAGGGCUUCACAGAAAAGGCUGUAUUUGAUCUAGACAGCCACGCCCAGUAGCCACGCCCAGUAGCCACGCCCAGUUGCCAUGACCAGUAGCCACGCCCAGUAGCCAUGCCCAGUAGCCACGCCCAGUAGCCACGCCCAGUUGCCACGCCCAGUAGCCAUGCCCAGUAGCCACGCCCAGUAGCCAUGCCCAGUAGCCACGCCCAGUAGCCACGCCCAGUAGCCACGCCCAGUAGCCACACCCAGUAGCCAUUCCCAGUAGCCACGCCUUUUAAACACAACAAAACAGGAAUUAUCUUCAUCAGAAUAUGUUGUUUUAUAUUCUACCGUUUCACAAUGGAUUACAGAGCCAUUACCACUGCAUGUCUGAUUAUUCAUUCAUUAUUAUCUAUUCAUGUGCAUUCUAAACAGAGAAAUAAACAACUACAAAUACUAAUAUGAUAAAAGUGAACUAAGAAAUUGUUUUUGGUAUCCAUUUAUUUUGAUAUCAAUAUGAUAUUUGUUUGAUAUCCAAACAUGAAUGAGAACAGAAUUGAACUCCGACCUGAGGAGUGUAGAGAUGCCCCUUCAGCCCACAGCCAGAACCAAUAUCUCUCUUCCCAGCACUGAGUGUCAUACUACCAUCCACCUACUACCAUAUCUAUCAGAUUCAGGAGUCAGAGUACUCCAACAUCCCAAUACACACACACCUGUGUAGAGAGGUAUCAAAAAUACAUUACAAUAUGAACCAUUCAAAAACAACCGGCUAUUGUCAUACUGUGGUGGGCAGAAGAAGAAGGCAAACACACACACACACACGCACGCACGACACACACACACGCACACGCGCACACACACGCACGCACACGCACG